CUUCUCCUUUCAAAGCCGCUGCUCCAAAAAAUGGGCCUGAGCUCUUCCAAGGCACACCCCAAGGUGACCAAGGUGGCACCAAUGAGUGCCGGGGAGGACCUGCCCGCCCUCACAACCCCGUAUCGACUCCCCAGCGUGCCAGGAGCGCUCAGCCUGCACCCACCGGCCACAGCGGAGUGGGGAAAACCCACGUUUCACCUGCAACUUCCACCUCUGCGGGAAACCUGGUACGGGAGAGCCUCUGCAGGGCCCCUUUCUUUCAACACCAUGCCAGAAAAGGGAGAAACCAGCAUCAUUAAGCAGCACCCACCUCGAAGACCUCAAAGGCUUGAACCUGCUGGUCCUCCACAAGCAAUUACUCCUACAAAGCUCUGGAGUCAGCAAGAGGUGGCUGCAACUCCAAAAAUGAAGGCUCUGGAGAAGACAGGGCAAAGCCUGAGACACCUCCCUGGCAGGCGGCAGCACUUGCACAAGCUGCAGAUGCUGGAUUUGACCCGCAGGCGCAGAGAGGCAGAGCUGAAGCGAAAUCUCCACAGGGAGGCAAAAAUCAAUAAACAAAAAAUCAAGGAAUUCAGCCCGAAGAAAGUCCUUGACACUCUCCAGAGAGGCGACAGCGCCGAAAGCCAAGAUCUCGUCCCUGCUGAGCACAAUCAGCAUUUUCAUGGAGACGACCACGGAAACACGUGGGGUGGAGGACUCUCCAGGCAGCAUGAUGGGGCUGAACUUUCUCCAGGCAAGAGCAGGAAGGUUGACCUGUGGUUCUGCAAGGAGUCACGGACAAAGGAUCUGUUCUGGGACACUUCCACCACGGGCUCUGAGGAGUGGGAUAGGGAAGAGAAGAAGAUUUACCGCAAACCUACUCUUGUGAGAACCAAGACGGAGAGAGUUUCUCUCUUUGAUGACUUCUUUGAUAAGGAUUUCUAA